GGUGAGUCAGUUUCACCACUGAGAGCUUAAAUUCGCCUGACCUUCACCUCUACUUAUCUCUUCCCCAUAUUACAGAAGACUAGAGAUUAAAAAAAAACAGUCCUUGUGAAUCCUUUUGUUCUUAGAUAACUUUUUCAUUUUCUAGACUUAAAAAUCCGAAAUUGAAACAUGGGUCUUGCUCCAAUUCUGCAGAUGGAGACUAGAGAGUUCCCUGCAUGGCUUCAGGUUUUGCUAAAGGAGAAGUUUUUCAACGCUUGUUUGGACCAUGAAGAAGAAAAGAAGAACGAGAAGAACAUUUUGUGCAUCGACUGUUGUCUUAGCAUCUGUCCUCACUGUCUCCCUUCACAUACCUCUCAUCGUCUCCUUCGGAUAAGAAGAUAUAUGUAUAACGAUGUUUUGAGGGUAGAGGAUGGUUCGAAGCUAAUGGACUGCUCUUUAAUUCAGCCAUACAUAGUGAACAGUUCGAAAGUUGUGUUCAUCAAUGAACGGCCUCACUCUCGACAGUUUCGUGGUUCCGGCAACUUUUGCAACACUUGUGACCGCUCUCUCCAAUCUCCUUACCUCUUCUGCUCUCUCUCCUGCAAGAUCAGUGACGUCAUAAUGAGACAAAGAGGACUCUCAGGGUUUCUCUGCGUCUGCAUCUCUCUUAACUUAACCGACGAUGAGGGAGGAGUAGACAUGUUCUUGUGUCAGGCGCUCGCUUGCACAGCUGCAACUGAAAUCGUUCGCAAGAAGAGAAGCAGCUUGAGUUCGACUUGCCGGAGAGUCACCACGGCGGUUUCCUCGGCUAACACGGAAGCUCCGGCGAACUUUUUUAACCGAAGGAAGAAUACGCCGCCGCAACGAGCUCCGCUCUAUUAAGGAGGGCCGUAUGUUCGGUCCAAGUGAUAAGUAGAAUGAAUUUACGUAACGUAACAAUUUAGUCUAAUUAUCUGUAACGAAUCAAAGUUUAGUUUUUUUAAAUGAAAUUUAAAAUAUAUAGGAGAGGGAGAAAAAAAAGGAGCUCUUCUGGUUUUGUCUGGUGUCUGUGUA